CCGAUGAACUUUGACUGAAUAGAGCGGACAAUUACAAGAACAUGGAUCACUGGGUGGAAAAGUGGAAACUGGAAAUAUGGGCACUGUUGGAAAAGUGAACUAAUAAAAUACAGUGGGUGGCGGUAAAGCAACAUUUACGGGUGCAAACCUCCAGAAAAUACCAAAGAAGAAAAAGAAGAACUUUGCCUGAAAGCUCCUGAGCCUUGUAAAAAAACUUCGUUGUGUUUGGAAAUCGUAGAACUACACGAUGGCGAAUGAAGCCAAGCCAUGUCCCUGUGAUAUCGGUGAUCGGAUGGAGUAUGGGGGACUCGGUCAGGAGGUCCAGAUAGAGCACAUCAAAUCUUAUGCAGUUAAACCAUCUGCUGCAUCUGACAAGGCCAUCAUUGUCAUACACGACAUCUUUGGCUGGGAGCUUCCCAACACCAGAUACAUGGCUGAUAUGCUUGCUUCUAAUGGAUACACUACAGUCUGUCCGGACUUCUUUGUUGGCAAGGAGCCAUGGACCCCGUCACAUGACUGGUCCACACUACAGGAGUGGCUUAAAGAGAGAAGCGCAACAGACAUUAAGAAAGAGGUGGAUGCAACGUUGAGGUUCCUGAAGGGGCAGUGUGGGGCCAAACACAUUGGAGUAGUGGGCUUCUGCUGGGGAGGGAGAGCCACCCAUUACCUGUCUCUCAAUUAUCCAGACAUCAAAGCUGGAGUGUCACUCUACGGGAUCAUCCGUGACCAAGAGGACAGGUAUGGACUGAAGUUUCCUACGCUGUUUAUCUUUGGUGGGAAUGACUCCUAUAUCCCGCUGGACCAGGUCAAUGGCCUUGAGGCGAAGCUAAAGGAGAAAUGCAAGACUGAUUAUCAUGUGAAGAUCUUUCCUGGUCAGACUCAUGGCUUUGUCCACCGAAAGAAUGAGGAAAUGAACCCAGACGACAAACCCAGCAUCCUGGAGGCCAGGGCAGACUUACUCAACUGGCUCAAUAAGUACAUGUAAAUGAGAAGGUCAGGUAUAAAUAAUCAGCAACACUAUGCUAGAGCCAUACAUUGUAUUUUUAUACAAUUAUCUUUUGCGUUGGCCGAAUGAAAAAC